CAUAGCACAGAGACCAUUGUUAGAGCUGUGAUGAGAUAUUGUUAGAUCUGGUGCACUAUAAACAGUAUAAACUGUUUAAAAAUUCGGUUAGUGGAUAAAUAUUUAACAUAAUUAUUAGUAAUUAAUGUAAUAAAUGCCCUUGGGUUAGCUAUAGAAGCAAAUUGCAAACAUAAAGAUAAUUUGUUUAAAUUGCAUUACACUACACAUACAACUCAUUACGUUAGGAUUGUGUACGCCGGUACAGAAUUCGAAAAUUUGUUGAUUUAUGAAUUUAGCAGAAAUUGUAUUAUUAAUUUAAUCAAUCUAGAAUAUUAUAUUUUAUUAUGUUUAUAACAAGUUCAAUAUCUACUAUUAACCGGAUUUAUCCUUUGAUGAAUGAUCAAUUAAGAUGUACAUGUGUAAAAAAUUUAUCACAAUUAACUAAAAAACAAGCAGAACUCAUGAGGAAAAAGUUGCCUCAAAAACAUCCAAUUAAUGGUGUGAACCACAUAAUAUUGGUGGCAUCUGGUAAAGGAGGUGUUGGUAAAUCAACAACAGCUGUAAAUCUAGCUACAGCUAUAAAAUGUGUUGCACCUAACAAAGAUGUUGGAUUAUUGGAUGCUGAUGUAUUUGGUCCAUCUAUACCAUUAAUGAUGAAUUUACAUGAAACCCCUUUAAUUAAUAAUAAUAACCUUAUGGUGCCUCUCAUUAACUAUGGUGUUAAGUGCAUGUCAAUGGGUAAUUUGAUAACCAAUCAAUCAGCAGCUAUUUGGAGAGGACUUAUGGUAAUGGGAGCCAUCGAUAAAUUAAUUAGAGGUGUCUCCUGGGACCAUACAGAUUACCUUAUAGUAGAUACACCACCAGGAACAGGAGAUACACACUUAUCUCUAGCUCAAAAUAUUCCAAUCAGUGGUGUUUUAAUUGUUACUACUGGUCAAAAAGCUGCUCUUGAUGUGACCAGGAGAGGUAUAACAAUGUAUAAAAAGUUAAAUAUUCCUAUUUUGGGAAUAAUACAAAAUAUGAGUACUAUGAAAUGUUCAAAAUGUUCAAAUGAAAAUUUUAUUUUCGGAGAUAGUGUUCAAGAAUUAGCCACACAAGAAAAAAUAGAUACAUUAUUUUCUAUACCUUUGGAUCCUAUUAUAACUAAUGGUUGUGAUUCUGGUCAGCCUAUUGUCAUCACUCAUCCGGAAUCCUCACAAGUUAAAACUUACAAGAGUUUAGCAGAAUAUUUGAUAAAUUCGUUAAACAAAGUCACUAGUAAGUGA